AUGGAAAGUUCUAAUAGCUCUGCUAGUAAUUUAUCAUUGAAAAACAAGGUGAACAUGUCUCCUCAAUAGCAAGCCUAGGUGAUAUACAAUGGAAGCCAUAAAAAUCUCUAAAAAUCAAACAGUAGCCCUAUGAAUUCUUUUAUUAACAACAAUAAAAAAAGAAAUAUGAUGACUAAUUCCCAGGCUAACCUUGCUCUUAAUCACCAAAUACUUCUCAAUAAUAUAAACCAUAUACCUACAAAUAUUAGUAACGUAGCUUACAACUCCACAUAGCCAUAUCGUGAUUUAAAUUAUGAUGCGGAAAAUCACGGAGUUGCAAAUAUCACAAAUCAUGAUAUCCAAAACAAUAGUAAUAACAUUAAGUUUGUAUAUAAAUCGAACAGCCAAAAGUCAAUCAAUUGGGAGGGUACCCCUUAAAAUCAAACUCACAAGAGCAUAAAUAAUAAAAAUACAGGCAGUCAGAGUCAUUAAUCUCUAUUCGGCUCUUAAGGUAAAGGUGUAUAGAAUUCAAGUAAGAAAAUGUUGAUGCCUAGCGGAAGCAGUGGUACUCUAUUGAGAAAAGAAAUCAUUGAAAUGGAUGAAGUGAAUAGUAGCUCAUCAAGUUCUAUUGGAAGAGAGGACAAUGCUAAUUAAGCUUUUAAUGCUUCAAGUAAAUUGAAAGAAAGUAAACCGUUUGCCCCUGACAAUAUAUUCGUCAACAAUGCUGGAAAAAAUUUGGGUGAUCAAGAUAGUGGUGGAGACCUUGAAAACAUUAAUUAGACCGCUCAAUAAUCUUAACCAUCAAGUUCUAACAAUAAUGCUAAUCAUUCCAUCUCUUAAUAGUAAAUGAAAAAUGCCAAGGGGUAGAGAUAGGGAAAUAUUGGCAAGGAUCAGAAAGUUGUUUAGCACUAAGUCCCUCCUUAGUUAAACAGCUAAUCAUCAGGUGGGAGGAUUAGUGUUGGAACACCAAGAGUAUAAUCAAAUUCAUCCUCUGCUAAUGAAACUCUGACUAAGAAAAUAGCUGCUAAGGCAAAAAUAAUAAGCAAUACUUCUGCAAAAUACAGUCCAUCAAAUGAUAUGAAUGCAAUUUCCCAUAGCAAUGCUUCUCAUAACUAAACAAAUAUUUCUGAACUAAAUAACAUCACAAGCUUAUCAAAUGUAUAUAAAUAAGACACUCAAGACAAUAUCAAUGGAAAACCCCCAUCUUUAUCUUAGACUCAAAAAGUAAGGAUUAGCUUUGUGGAAUAGAGUAGUCAUAUGAAUCUAUUUAACAAUCUUUCUGGGAUGAAAUAAGAUGAUAGUUCAUUAUUGCUUGGUCAAAAUAGUGGAAUAGGAGGUGGAAUCUCCAGUGUAAACUAAAAAAUAAGCUCGAAUCCAACUUAAAAACAAAAUGUUUAGAUAAGCAAUCAUCCGGUGUAGAAGAUUAAUAAAAAUAUGAUUUAGAAGUAGAAUACUUUCAAAAUUAAUAGUAAUUCCUCUAGACCAAACAACAGUAAUAAUAGUAACAAUAAUUAUGGCUAGUCUCUUGAUUAGUAAAGCAUGAUUAAAGAUUCAGUGAAAUCCUCCCUUGCUUAGUAAUCGAAUGAGAAAACCUCUCAUAGUCAAAAUCAAAUGUUCAAUGCAGGGUUUAUUUAAGCUUCUUAAUAUAGCUCUAAAUCACCAGCUGAGAAAAUGAUAGAAAGUAGUUUGCUAUAAUAAGCUGUUAAUGUUACUCAAAGUAGCACUCUCGCAGGAAAACACUAAAAGUUAAUGACUUAAGAGCUUUAUGGAAUAUCAAAUUAAAUUCUAACUCCUAACAGGCAUUCCAUUAACAUAAAUGGGAAAAAAUAAUCAGCCACAAGCAAAGCUUCUAAUACUAAAGUAACUGCUCUUUAAAAACAGUAAUAGACUCUUAAUCUCCCAGAGACUAAGAAGGCAGGUAAAAGUAAUAAAGCUAGUGCUAAGAAUUCUAGUCAAGACCUCAGCAAUGUAAGUCAUGACGAAGUCUAAAGUCCAAGUAUGAUUAACAGUCUAAAGAAGCAUUCUGGUAAUAUUAAGAUGAAAGGAGAUUCAAAUAACUUUAAUGAGAUCUCGGAGUCAAUUAUUGAAGAAAAUAUUGAAAAAUUUCCUGAAGAUGAAGAGGAUUCUAUUAAGAUACACAACUAUAACUAACUAUAAAGAAAUCAGAUUACUGUGCAAAAAUCAAAUCAUUUUGAUUAAUCAAGAAUUUCUCCAAAUAAGAGUAAUAAGAUUCCAAGCUCUAUUGCAUUUAAAAGAAGUAGUAAUGAUCAAAGCCUAAGUGACAGUAAUCAAAUAAUAUCGGGAAGAGGGGAGCCAACAAUUUAAAUAACGAGGUCUAAGGGAGUUAAAAAGGAGAAGAUAAAAAUAAGCAAAGGCGAUAAAAAGACUUUUAAUAAUUUUAUUGACAGUGAGGAUGAUGUUCUCACUCAUAGAACGAAUCAACCUUAGAGUACAAUAUUUCUGAUGGCUCUUGAUAAACUUGAACUAUAAAAAAGAAUUCAUUACUAAAAUAACAAGGAUUUCUCUUCUGUAUAUGAUAGCAGAAUGAAAUUACUGUUGAAAGGUGUAGAUCUAUUUAUUUACAUUAUGGGUUUAAUGAGAAAAUACUUAAACUUUGAUGAUUUAUUGUAAAUUAUGACCAUUUCUAGAGAAUUUAGAUAAGAAUUUAAUAAAACUCCUACUCUACGUUAGAAAAAAAUCUAUAAACUCUAUAAAAAUUAGCUUCGCUUCAUAAUUAUUAAUGGAUUCCCAAAUACUUUGCAAAGAAUUAAGUAUUGGAAUUUUAAGACAAAAUUUUCUGUUAGUAAGAAGAAGAAACCAAAUCAAUUUGAAAGUUUAAAGAAGUAAAAGCUAGAUGAAAGUGAAGCAAUAGAUAUCUUAAAAGACGUUUCAAGAACAUUUCCUGAUAUGGCCUAUUUUCAAAAACCCUAAAAGGGUUAAUAAGAACUUUUCUAUAUUCUUAAUGCUGUUGCAAAGAAAAAAACUCAUACUGGAUAUAUUUAAGGAAUGAAUUUUCUAGCUGGUAUGAUUCUGAUUAAUUUGUAAAAUGGAGAGGACACCUUUUAUAUGAUGAUGUCCAUCCUAAACACUCAUGAGUUUGAUAAAAUCUUAGAUCUUGAGAGUGGUGGACGCUUUCAAGUUCUUUGUUAUUAGCUAGAAAUAUUCCUUCAAGAAUAUAUGCCCCAUCUAGCCAAUCAUUUUAGAAAAUUGAAAAUUCCAACAGAUAUAUACGCUGCUAAUUGGUUCAUCACUAUGUUUUGCUGUGAACUGAGUAUGGAUUUAGUUUUCAGUAUCCUUGAUAUAUUCUUACUUGAGGGCAUAAAGAGUUUGCUUAGAAUAUCAUUAGCAUUACUUAGCUAUCUUCAUGAUAGACUACUUAGUAUGAAUGAUGAAGAAUGCAUGAAUUUUCUGUCGUCUAGGAAUAAAGAUAUUUAAAUGGAUUCUCAGACUUUACUAGAAAAUGCCUAUAAUUUUAAGAUUACUGAUAGUCUACUUUAAGAUUUAGAAUUGUUCUACAAACUAAAAAAUAAAAAGAAGCAUCCUAUCCAAUAAAUAUUCAAAGCCUUUAACAGAUUAUCUCUAUAAGAAGAGGAGGUCAAAUAAAAAAAUUAGCCUCCAAAAACUAGGUCUUAUUGGAUAGUUCAAGCUGCAACUCCUCAGGACCUCAGAGAAUUAUUAAAAACUUCGAAGAAUAUUACUCCUGAGGAAAUAGAUUACUUUUAUUAAAAAAAUAUAAAAAAUCGCAAGUUAAGGGAAAUUGUAGAGGAGCUUUAAACCGAAGAAGAUUCAAAAAUUGCUAAUGUAAAUAAUUAUGCCUUUGAAAAGAAGGAUAUAUAGAAUGCUAAGAUGCUAUAACCAUCUCAUCGCAAGAAAGAAACUCAGCAUUCAAAAUAUACUUAAAGCGCAAUGAACUAAAACAAAAAAAAGCAAUCUGGUUAGAUGCUGCAUUUUAGUAAUGAUUCAAAUAAUACAAUAAAAGAAAUGACUAAUGAUUUCAGUAAAGGUGGAUAGUCUGGAAGUAAAAAAAACCAAAAUAACUCUAGUUAUGCAGCCAGCAACUUUUCAAACGGAGACACAAAUAAGUUAAUAUCAACAUCAGAUUAAAGAAAUUUACACUUAAGUGUGGUAAUGGGAGGUAGCGAUGAGGGAUUAAUUACUCCUAGAAGAUUACAAAAAAUAAAUAAUGAUCUAUCAACCAAGAAUAAGAAAUCCACUUAGCCCAAUUAGCUCAGUAUGAUUAAGAAAGAGAGUGAAUCCCCAUUUAUAUAGUAAAUAGGGACUAAAAUAAAAAGUUACUUAUUCGGAAACUUCUUCAAAACACAAGAGAAACUAAACAAAUCAUAUGAGGAAAGCGAAUAAAUGAAAAAUUAUAUCCCAUUUUCGCGCUAAGAUUAAAGAAAGAUGAACAUGUAACCUUCUUUUGAAAAUGACGUGUCAAAGAAAUAAAAUAGAUCGAAAUCCAUUCACUAAUCAGUGCUUAAUCCUAAUACUCAUCGAGAAUCCCCAGAAAUAAGAGUAACCACAUAGACAUAUUAGUCUAAUUAAAACUAUUAAAAAAGUCCGUACAUUUCUUUAGGAUAGUCAAAUAAUUAUCAUAGUUUGGCCAACCACCUACCUAGUAAGGAACAUAAAAUACAUGUGACGACUGAGGAAAACCAUAAUAUUCCCAACAAUUAAUCUUCAAUAUUUAACACAACUACUCAUUUGCAGUAAGUAUCUAGAAUAGAUGCUAUACAUAUAAACAAUGAAUACUUUAUAAAUGAUCAUGGCAAUAUUCAUAAUAGAUUUAUAGCAAAUAUGGUUAAUAAGCCUUCACCACAUAACUAGCUAUUAUAGCAUAGAAUAAAUAAGCAGAUAUCCAAAAGUCUUGAGAGAGGAACAUCAGAAGUGGACUCUGCUAUCUAUGGAGACGAGGACGACGAUUGUGAGAUCGAACUUUUAAGUUAGUCUGCAGAUUGUACUAUAUAAACUGUUGAGGAAAAUAUUCAUUUCAAGAGAAAUCAAGAAUUUAAAGGAGCAACUAAGAGACCAGAAAUUCUUAUUGAAAAGGACAUUAUUGCUGGAGAUGAUGAGAUACUAGAUAGUUAAAAUUAUAGCAAUAUUGAUAUCUAAUACUCAAAAGCCAAUAAAAAUCUUCCCUUGUUCAAUAUCAAUGGCACAUAGCUUAGUUAAACAAUUAAAGUUAAUAGUAGUAUGUCUAGUAGCCAGGCAUUAGUAAACUUCAAAAAACAGUAGCAAAUAUAAAAUUAUAAUAGCAACCCAAAGAGAGACUCAAACACUGUCAAAGAAGUAUUCAAUAUAAAAACUAUGAGAUCAUCACCUCCUGUCAGCCCUAAAGAUAGAUAGAAGCAAACAUAAAUUCAAGUAUAAAGAGGAGGUCACACCAUAAAAACAGCUACUAUUACAAUUAACAAGAAAGUUAAAUGA